AUGAAUUCCGUAGUGCUGCCCCUCGUGGUUGAUGUUUACGCCAAACCGGACAAGAUCGAACAUGUUAAACAAGUUCUUUUUGAUUUAAUUGAACCAGCGAGGAAAUCAGAAGGUUGUAUGAAAUAUAGACUCUACGAAAACGUUGUCGAUGCAGCACAUUUUACUAUUGUUACACAAUGGGCAUCAGAAGACGCGUAUGAAGAUCAUUUGCAAUCAGAUUGUGUGAAAAAGGCUACCGAGCUAUUGAAAGAUGACUUUUCCAAACCGGCCGAUGUCAAAAAGUACAAACAUGUUCAUUUGGAUCGAGGUUCAAAUAAAAAAACGAAAAACUCAAGUACGUUUUGCAUUAUACUGUGA